AUGAGUUCAGACGUAACAGGAGAACAAUAUAUUCGUACUUUGGCACAAUACAUUCGUUCAAAUGCGCGGAAGAUAUUUACACCUAAUUCAUCUUUGCCUUCAUCUCAGGUAUUAGUAGGUCAUAGAAGGUCUAAUAGUGAUGGUUCCAAUUUUUCAAUGGCAAAUGUAUGGUCUUUCACUACGGCAUUAACUACCUCUUACUUGAAACCGGCCUCUUUAACUUCAUCAACAGCCCCCUCUUCACCAGAGUUUAAAACAAGUCAAAAAGCAAUUUUGCUCACUCUUGAUCCUCAACAUUUAUAUUAUUUGUUAACUAAAUUUAGUGAUUUGGGUCUUGAUGUUGGUGCUUUUGAAGUAACAGCCGAUUUCAAGUAUAGUGACGAUGAUAUUAUUGAUAUCGACUUAAAAGAUGAAACAGCGUCAAUUACGUCAGCGAAUUCUGUCAGUUCAAUAUCAUCUGCUAUGUCCUCUUUGUCGUUGUUCUCAGGAUGGACAGGGUGGGCCGCUGCAGCACAAAAAAAUGAAAAUAUUCCAAUAAAAGAAGAAAUAUUAUAUAUAUAUCGUGCAUUCACAAAGCUUUCUGGUUUAAAGCUUUCAAUCGUUACUCAAAAAAAAAUAGGUGGCUCUAGUGAUCUGCCAAUAGGAACUUUGUUGUCCAUGACUUUAUUUAAAUGCUUGACGCAUUUAGAAAUUUAUGGAUUAUGUCCAAAAUUGUUUGAUGGAUGGGAUAUAUUACAAGAGAAAUUGGAAUACUUGUCUAUGCAAAAGUGUACAAUUGAUGAUAUUUCAGAAGUAUUCAUUGAUGCUGUGGUUGACGGCCUAAAGAGGAGAAAUAGAAAGGAUGUUAAAACUGACAACAAUGAAGAUAUAAAAAAUGAAUCAGACCAAACGGCCACAAAAUCUGAAAAUUUAGGUGAUAAUUCACCUGAUAAUAUUUUACCACCAAGGAUCUGGCGACAACUGAGGCAACUCAAUCUUUCAGACAAUUCUCUCACCUUUGUUGCCAGUGAACCUUUUUCCUAUAUUACUAAAUGCGCAUGCUUGGAUUUAUCGGAUAAUUUGUUACUCGCAGUUCCACCUGGUUUAUCACAACUUCCCGACUUGCAAUACCUAAAUCUUAGCAAUAACAUGAUCGAAACAAUAAACAAUAUUCAUCAGGUUCUUAGUAAUGUUACCAAAUUAGACUUGCGUAACAACCGUAUAGAAAAUUUAUGUGGAUUAGAAAGAUUAUGGUCUUUAGAAUACGUUGACGUUAGGGAAAAUCGAUUAACAGACUGGGCAGAAAUUGGACGCAUGUCCGAACUUCAUGGAAUGAAACAGAUAUUUAUGGAAGGUAAUCCAUUCACUAAAUAUCAGCAAUCCUACAGAGUCAAUAUUUUUUCACUCUUUCGCGAAAAAGAUAAAGAAAUUAUGUUGGAUGGUACGGGUCCUAGCUACAAUGAACGCCGUCAUAUUACUGUCAGUAACAAACCUUCAUCUGAAAAGAUUCCUGAGGCUAUUCCGACUAGUUCAGGCCAUGAAACAAUUCUGUCUACCAGUCCUGUUGAUGUGAGCUCUAUUUUGAAAGCACCUAAAAGUAAACAUCGUAGAGUUGUUAAUCUUGAUGAAGAUGAAGAAAAUCAUAGUGGAACUGAUACUGGAUCAGAUGUAAUGUCGAUUAGAAGUUCAAAAUCAGGCAAAAAGAAGAAGAAGAAUAGACCAAAACUUGAGAAAAUGACGUCAAGACAUCGACUCGUAGAAAUUGAGAAGGCGGUUGCUGCGGAAAAUGACCCACAAAUAAAAAAAAAGAAAUCGAUUAAAUUCCGCCAGAAUACCACGGAUUCGCAACAAAAAUCUGACACCGUGUUAUUUGCAUCACCAAGUAGCGAAUCAGAGAUUAUUACAUUUGGAGAAGAUUAUAGACGAAAAAUCGAAGAACUGCGAAAUGAAAGUGGAUCUUCAUGGCUAAAAGUUUAUAACGAGAUGGAAUAUUCGAAAGAUGAAAACGAUAGACUAAGAGAGCCACCGAAGAUGAAACAGUUUUAA